AUAUCACUGAAUUGAUCGAUUUCAAUUUGAAAUUAUCCACCAAUUUCAAAGUUUUACGAAUAGCUGUUGGUAAUAAAAAAACCAUUGAGUGUUCGUUGAUAAAACAGUUCUCUGCAGAAAGAAAGUGCAUGGAGAGUGUAAUUCUAUUAUACCGAUUGGUUCAAAAGAAUUCGUUAGAGUAAUUCGCAAAAAAUAAUGUGGAGACGAACGAAACUCGCCUAAAUAUCGCCAUUAUACUUUUCAGUAAUCCACUAUUUUCUUUCUGAAUUUAUGCGAUAUUUAUAAUGCUAGAAUAGUACUGAUAUUCCUUCGUAUUCCUAUAAAGUAUGCAUUGUGUCAACCAAUUUCGCAUUUAAAUGCGUCUACCACGACGAUUGAAUAUUGCAUAAAAAUUUAUAAAGAACUAGUGAUCCGAGAAAAUGUGAAGCAGUUAUAACUGAAUAAUAAAGUUUAACACACAGCUGAGAUUUAAUUAAUAUUUUUUAACCGUUUCAUUGCAUCACAACGUUUUGUACAAUUUGAUGAAAUCGUUUAAAUUAACCUAAAAUUCUCAGGCUCAAGUGAGUUAGUUAUGCAUUAUAUAGUAAAAAUCAAAUGGAUUCGAAGGUGAAACCGUGUAGGUCAUUACCACCUAUGGUCGAAGGCAAAAUUCACGGUUAUUUAUGGCUGAUUAUAGACGAAGUUCUUUGGUAUAAAAAUAAUCCUGAAAAUAUCACAGUGUUUGCUUCUUGGUGGGGUGAACAGGAUAAUGCUAAAUUCAGACCUAUUGACAUUAGAACAAAUACAAUAAGGCCUAGUCAAGAUACAGCUCAAAUAUAUAGUAUCAGAACGAAUAGCAAUCUAUUUAAGGAAUAUAUUAAAAAUUGUGAAACUAUAGAAUUAGUUGUAAUUGAUGAAGAGGUAAAUCAAAUCAUAGGAACAUCUGAAGUCAAUGAAUUACUAGAUAUUUUUGAACAGAAACCUUUUUUUAAAUAUUUUCCAAUAUUAGAUAAAAAUAGAAGUCAAAUAGGAGAAGUGCAUGUCGGAAUAAAAUUUAAUUUAAAUGCAUCAAAAGCUACAACUAUGCAUUUAAAAGUACAUAAACUUCAAAAAAAACAAACUAAGAACAAGAUAUUGCUUUCUCCUCCUGAUACAAAUUCACAUUGCAAAGAAUUAAGAAUUCAUGAUAUUUCAUUAAGCGAAAGAUUUGGUAAUACUAAUGAAGAUAGAUCAAAUGCACCUGUAGAAAUAGAUUCAAAAGACAUUUAUAGAUCUAUUUUAAAAACUAAAAGGGCCAAGUUCCAAGAACCUUUGCACAAUUGUAAUGCGGCAGUGACUGAUAAACUCGUUGCCCAAGUUGUUGCUAGAGCACAAAAACUUAGAGGGGCUAUAUUAAAAGAAACUUAUGAUGAAGAUCCUCUGGCAUUAAGUGACACUGGUCUGAGUAAUAGUUUUCUUAAUGAUGUUCCUGUUGAAAAAGAAGCAAAAUUAUAUGAAUAUUUUUUAGGCAAAGAAAUGAGUGUAUCCGACGAACGUAAAGCACUAAAUACUUUAAGAUCAACAUCACCGACACCUAGUUUAAUUGACUUAGCGUCAGAAGCUAUUGCUUCUUCUCAGUCUAAUAAUGCACCAAUUACUGAUAAUAAAACAUCUCUAAAUACGUCUAAUUCAAUGAUAGUAGAAUCAUUGACAAAGUGUUUACCUCAGGAUAAACAAAAUGAAAUGUCUCCAUUGGAUCAUAUAGAUAGUAUACGAAUUUUUAUUGACUCAUUUGUAUUAAAUCCUGCAGGCUAUCGUCGUGUUAAAUCAUCUUGUGUAUCACGUAAUGAUAAUACACUAUUAUCUGUAACAUAUUUUGUACAAUAUAAUACUACUUUUAAGCCCCCUACACAAGCAAAUCAUAAACUAUUGAGAGAUGAUAAAUCAGUAAGAAUAUCUUCUAAGCGUAAAUCAGGACAAGUAAUUCAUUUUGAUCAUGAAAGGAUAUAUAACAUACCUAAAUUUAAUAUACAUCAAGAUUUUCCAUUAUGUUUUAAAAUUUUGUCACGACAUCUUAAUCAGAAAUCACCAACUGAAUUAGGUUCUGGUAUGAUGUAUAUUAGUGACAUUGUAAAAACAGAAAAUUUGAGUUUGUCGCAGAGAUUAGCUGUAAUUAACAAAGGCAUUAAAAUAGGAGAGUUAAAAGUUACUACAGAAUUAGGAUGUGAUUCAGUCCACUUUGGAAAACAAUACAUAGAAGCUGUAAUGUCUGGAAAGGAAAAUAUUCCUGUAUUAAACGUGAGAUCUUUAUUAAAUACGGAUAUUGAUAGAUGUAAAACUGCAACGGGAACACAAUCCAAAACAAGUAAUAGUGUUUCAUCUUCUUCAACGAAAAGAAUAGAAUGUUUACACAUGGAUAAUACCAAUAACAUGGUUACUAAAAAGGAUGGAUCAGAACAUACAAACCAAAACAUUGAUGAUAGAAAAGUAGAUAUAACAGAACCGGAUAAUAAGAAUCAUAAUAAUAUUUUGCUUCAUGGAUUAAUAUAUAUAGCGGAAGCUAAAGAUUUGUUGGAAUUAAAUACAUUCUUAAUAUGUAGAGCAUUCUGGUUGCAAGACAAAGGUACAAGUCAAUUAUGCAGUAACACACGAAACCCAUAUUAUCAUUUUUGCCAAUUAGUACCUUUAAUUUAUGGCAAUGCAUUACUAGAACGAAUUAAAGAUAAUUAUAUAAUUGUAGAAGUAUAUUAUAAAAAUUCUGUAGGAAUGAAUAAUUUGUUGGGAAUCGCAAAAUUACCUGUGCAUCAAUUAUACAUUGCUUAUAGGGAUCCAAUUGUAUUACCACAUUUAUUAUCAUCUAAAUAUCCUAUAAUAAGCGUAGAUGAAUGGGUAUCAAUCAAUAAUCCAGUUACUAGUCAAUCAUGUGGACAAUUACUUGCAUUAGUUGCACUUGGAACUGCUGAACAAAUAGCACUUUUAGAAAUGUCACGAGGUCUUAGAUGUCAGACUGUAGUGCCACAGGCAAUACGUGAUUAUUCAUAUAAUUAUAAUGAUCACAGAAAACAAACAGACAACACAAGUGAAAUAAUGAGAACUGCUGAUCUUAAUAUGCAGUUAAAUAGUGAGAUAUCUCAAUAUAAAGAUAAUUAUAUGCAUCAUAUAGAUGACGUUGGAAAUAAUUCUAACACAAUCAAUUUUAAAACUCAAGAAAGUCAAACAGAUAUAUCGACUCUUAAAGAAUCAAAGUCUGCAUCUAGUAACUUACCACAGGAUGGUGUUUUAAAUUCAGAGCGAUUAGUUUUACAUACGUUAGUAGAUCGAUUAGCGCAUGCAUUAAAUGUUACGAAAACUAUGAAUCAAGCAGCCCAAACUGAACAAGAAAUCGAUAGAAAAAAACAGACAGAUAUUGAAGUACAGUCAUGUAUAAACUCUUUACGUUGCAACAGUAUAUCCGAUGAUAGUAAUAGCGAUAGUCCUGGGAACAAUCUUUAUUUACCUACAGAAAUGUACAGAAGUGUCGGUGUUGGAGCUGAAUUUGAUGAACCAAUAAAACAAGGACCAAGUGGUACUUACAAUAACACUUAUUAUUAUCCAGCAACUCAUGUACAAAAUUUAGAAAGCAAAACCACCAUUUUAAGCAGUGAUGAGAGCUUUUUUAGAGCACUUAUAGAGAUUGAAUGUGCAUUACAUUUACCAAAAGUAGAGAAACUUAAUGAGAGUAUAGAACCAACUACUUAUGUGACUUUUCAAACAACUCAGGCUGAUUCUAUGAAUCAAUUACAGUCGUACAUGAUAACAAAUGUUUAUCCGCAUAGUUGUAAUCCAAGAUGGGAAUGGAAAUGUGAUACAAAAAUAUCGACAGAAUUACUAACACACGAUGAAAAACGCUUGAUUUUAAAAGUUUGGCGUUUAUUUAAUACAGAUAUAAGUACAGAUAUUGACAUGGAAAGAGAUAUAGUGAUUGGAUUUUCUGCUAUUGAUGUAUCUGUAUUAACUACUGGUUUUCCAUCUGUGUCAGGAUGGUUUCAUAUCAUGGAUUUUACAGGAAAAUGUAAUGGUCAAAUCAAGGUAGGAAUAACUCCUUUGGAUAAUAUGUCAGGUUUUGUAAAAUCAUCUACGUCAACAAGUACUACACAAAUACCGUUAUGUGAUUCAUCACGAUCAAACGAAUCUUCAUUAUGCAAUCAUAAUGUAUUUUUAAAUAACAUAGAGUCGAAUAAUACCCAACAACCUCCAUUAACAACUACAUAUAAUACAAUGGGCAGUUUUACUGAAUGUGGUAGUCAUCCUACGAUAGAUAUUACUCAAAGUUUUGAAGAUAUGUCUAUGUCUUUUCUUUCUUCAUCUUUAAAGCAAAAAUUGGCAGAGUUAGACGAAAUAACGAAACGUCUGCAGUCGCGUUUACAUGAUGUAACAAACACUGCUUUUGAAGAUUAUUUUGAUAAUGACUUUGACUUGAAUGAAAUACAUAGUGAUAAUGAAAAUAUUGAUAAUAGAAAUACAGAUUCUAUACUUCCUAUGGCUCAUAUAUCAGGUACACAUGAUACAUGGCAAAAUGCACCAAGUAAUCAUAAUAUACACAUGCAUAUAAAUAAUGAAUAUAAACAAUUGCCUGAACGCAUGAAUGAUAAUUUGAUAACAAAUGUAAAUUUAUCCAAUGUCAGACCUACUUUGAAUUUUGCUUCACAGUCCAAUUCUAAUUUAUUGAGUAACCAUUAUCAACGAGAAUAUCAUAUACAAAAUGAUAAUGCAUCGUACAAUAAUGAGGCUUAUCCUUUAAGAGGAACAAAAGUACAUAUAAAUCAUUUACUUGAUAAACUUUCCUUAGAACAUCCAGUGAAACCUUACAUAACAGCUGGUUCAUCAAUGAGAAAAAAUGUAAUUGAUUUAUUAACAACCGUUCAUAAAGAUAAUGCACAAAAUAAUAACAAAAAGAAUAAACUGGAACUUAUUAAGAAACCAACAUCUAUGCAAAUAGAAAACAGGGAUCAAAGUACAGAAACUCUAUCAAAUUGGAUGACCGAUAAUACUGUUGCUCCAACAAAUGUAACUGCAACUCUUAACAAAUCUUCACUUACAUCCUACAAUAAAAUAUCAACAGUUAUACGAGAAGAGUUAGUUGCAGAAGAAAAUAAUGAUACAUUGAAAAAUGACGACGAGUUAACAAAUCUGCUCAUUACUUCUAACGUUCGCCAUAUGGAUUUAGAUAACAUUUUCAAUCCACUUUUAUAUCAGCAUUUAGUACCAGAUCUUCAAGUAUCGAACAGUGUAUCACCAGAGACACAAGCGAUAGAACAAUUAGAUACUCGAUAUUCUAAAAGUUUUGGCACUGCCAUAAAUAAUGGAUUAAAUGAUACGCAAGAUAAAAUAGAAACAAUAGCGUUAUCUCCAAAUAAAAAUAUCAAUGAAAAAGAUAAAGAGAAAAUAUCAGAAUCUGUUGGAAAUACAGAAAUUUUUAGACUUACACCUUCUGGUAUUUCAGAAAAUGUUGAUGGUAAUAUCCAUGUAACCGUUAUUCAUAAUCCUACUAAUAAUGAUUUAAUGGCAAGUAAUAGUACAGAAUCAACAACUACUAUCUCUCUCAGUAAAUCAUCAAUGAGACAAAGUGAAAUGGAAAUAGAUGAAAAUAGUUAUUAUAAUUCAUCUGAUAUAUCUGUUAUCGCUGCAUCAAGACAAGCACCAGACGGUGGAAACCCUAUGGAAGAUAGUUCGAAAAUAUUACCAAGAAAGCAAACAACUGAUACAUCAGAUUUAUCAUCAAGCAGUUAAAAUUGUAUAGAUGUACAAGGACAUCAAAGUAUUCAUUAAUGUUGAUCGCGAAUUUUAAAUUUCUUAAAAAAUAUUGCAUUUUCAAUUUACUACUUUGUAAUACUUUCUUUGUAACAAAAAAGUACAGGUGUGAACGUGCACUAUUAUAGUAAUACAAUUACGCUAUUACUAAUCUCGAAUACUUGCCAAAUAUGAACAUGUAAGAGUAGGUAUAAGAUGACAUUUAAAAAUUGUCAAGAACGUCCUUUCUCUAUCGACUGAUUACCGUGUAUACGUAAUGAUAAUAUCAAACAAAAAUGUUAAAUACUAUCCAUAUUCUAUCAUUGGAAAUAUAUCUAUUAUAUUAUUUGAAGUA